UCAAAAUGAUACAUGAUAUACUUUUGUCAUGUCUCAAUUUGCAAAGUGAACAGUUGCCCAUUGAAGAGUUCUUGGCAUCGGAGGCGGUGCAUAAAUAUUUCCAUCCCUGCGAAAGGAAUAUCCUGGAGGAUAUAAUACGAAUUAUCAAUUUGCUGCGGGAUAUAGCAAGAUUUGCACAAAUCUAUAGUAUAAAUCGUAAUAUUUCUUCGAAUACUUGUGUUUUCGAUACAGAUGAAUCGCUGCAGAAUGGUCUGUACUUGAAGGCAUUUGCCAAUGGCAUCACAGAAGUCUUGGAUGAAUAUUUGCAGGAUGUUGCCGAGCUGGAACGUAAAUAUCUGAUGCAUCCAAAUCAGUCGCUGAUGUUUAUCUACCAUAAGCUGCAGGAAUAUGAGCCACUGGCAUUGUAUUUGGCCAAUUUGAUUCGCGGUGUCUGUGUACAGAGGUUACAUGGCUGUGCCAUAAUUCAAUAUUUGCAACAAAAUACCCUACAUGGGGAUGCUCGGGCGAUUAAGGCUGUUAAACUGCUUCAGAACAAGGUCAAUGUAAUCUUUCUGAAGCAAUUGACUCAUUGGAUACUGUAUGCCAAACUGCAGGAUACAUAUGGAGAAUUUUUCAUACAAUGCUCAGAGGGUGAUGGCAACAGUACCUUGGGUAGCGAUAAGGGUACUACAACAGGUAGUGGUCGUUAUACAGCCACCUGCAAUUCGGAAAUGGCUAGCAAUUAUGCCGACAUUUGGCGUUAUGAGGUACGCUAUGAAUUGUUGCCAUCCUAUUUGUCAUACCUGUGGGCUGAGAAGGUCCUUUUCAUCGGUCAAACUGUAUUGAUAUUCAAAGUUGAUACGGAUAAAGUGAAAAAGAAAUGUCAUGUAUGGAAUAAAGAUGAGAAUAGUUAUCUCGAUCUCAAGCAAUCCUUUUGGAAUGACAAGGAACAUAUUUACUUCGCCAAAAUACAAGCCCUACUGCAUGAUGAUGAUUUAAUUGUUUCCCAUUAUGAAAGUGUAAUCGAUGAACUGAAGACCUAUGUGACCACACGUCUAUCGGAGAUUGCUGUGAACCAAGCCGAUUUGGUUAAACAAUUGAAAUUAUUCAAAGACUUCUUUUUACUGGGACGUGGUGAGCUGUUCCUGGAAUAUAUCCGACAAAUUUAUAUUAUAAACAAGGAAACUGAGAACACAAACAAGUUAAGAGAUUUCGUCAAGGCUUUCGAGUCGGCAGCUCACAGUAUUGGUGUCUCCGAAGAGUUGGAACAAUUUUCGGUUAGCAUGCCUAAAGCCCAUCCAGAAACCGAUGAAUCUUUGGAAUUUGGUUAUCUUCAGCUAAUUCAAUUGCAGUAUAAAAUCAAUUGGCCAUUACAUUUGCUAUUCUCACCCAAAGUAUUGGAACGUUAUAACAUUCUCUUUCGUUUCCUCAUCCUCAUCAAGAAAAUGCAAUAUGAUUUGCACAUGAUUUGGUGUAAAUCAUCAAGAAAAUUCAAAUUGAAAUCAACCGACCACAAAGUGAAAGUUAUGCUUUUGCGUAACGAGCUGAUGUUCUUUGUCGAUAAUCUACAGUAUUACAUACAAGUUGAUGUCCUAGACAGUCAAUUCAGUAUUCUACUAAACACCGUCUUAAAUGAGGCCGAUUUCGAACAAAUUCAACGGGCCCAUAGUGUCUUUCAAGCGAAUAUUUUAUCCCUAUGCUUUCUGCAAACAGAUGAUGAUCACAGUCGCACAAAUGUCCUGCAGACAUCUCUAUUGAAUUGUAACAAUCCUGUUUAUUUGAUUAUUAACGAAGUCUUUCACAUUUGUAAUGAUUUUUGUACAUUAAUCGAUAAUGAAAAAUCCGAGGAGAAUGUUGAUGAGAAUACCGAUAAAUUGGGUGAACGCUUUGCUACCUUAGUGCAGCAGCUCAUUAAUUUAUUGGUUGGUUUAAAAUCUGCAACAAGCACUGCUCCGCUAUCGCAGCUGCUGUUACGUUUGGAUUAUAACCAUUGGUUCAGUAGCCGAAAAAUUGAUAAUGCUGGAAUCUCAUAG